CGCUACUUAAUACGCAAAGAACAAUGAGGGAUUAUAUUCGAGUGGUCUUGACUGUGGCGGUUUUAACGAGAGUUAAGGGGAAGUCUCCUUAUAUUGGUUUUUGUGGCGAGGACAGUUGCUUCACUGUCUUCAAAGACGAGGCAAACUUCGCAACUGCACGAGAAGUUUGUCAGGGUAAACAAGGGGAUCUAAUGACGGUGCGAACAGCAAAUACGAAUUAUGUCUUGUCACGAUUAUUAAAUGAUCUUCCUGGGGAUUUCUGGAUUGGCCUCAAAUACUCUGGUGAACGGUGCUCUGAUGCAUCGAGUGUUUUGAAAGGUUAUACUUGGACAACGGGAGACAACACAACCGAUUACAAAAACUGGAAAAAUAAUGACAGUGUGUGUUCUCCACACUGCGUAUCAGUGUCCCGCGAAGAUCUCACAUGGACUGAGCGACCUUGCAGCGACAGAAUUGAAGGAUAUCUGUGUGAGUACAAGGAUCCCGAGAUGUGUGACAGGUUGCCAUCUGACUCUGAAACAUCGGUUAUAUAUAGAACACCUGUGGGACUUGAAGGAGAGAAUCUCGCUUCGCUUCCCCAAGGAAGCAUCGGAGAGCGUUUGCCAGAAGGAACAAAGUAUCUUUGUUUUUCCCGUACGUGGCGUAAAGGUCCUUGGAGCUGUGAAGUUUUCUCAGGUGGCUGCGAACAAAACUGCGCAAUGAAUGGCACAGACUACCAGUGCACCUGCUCGGACGGGUAUGUAAUAGCAGAAAACGGAAUUAGCUGCAUCCAAGCACCAGAAGACCCCUGUGAUGAAGCUGGAUGUGCACAGCGAUGCUCUAAGGUAAAUAAUACAGUUCAGUGUCAUUGUGACCAUGGAUACGAACUGGGCAAAGACGGGAAGAGUUGCAAUGACAUCGAUGAAUGUGCCGAUAAAAGUCGGUGUUCAGGAGAACACAUGGAGUGUGUCAACACAUAUGGUUCAUUUGAGUGUCGCUGCGAGAGCGGCUACGAGAUGAAUAAUAACAAAUGUAUUGAUAUAGACGAGUGUGUGAAUAGCCCCUGCGAGCACAGCUGCGUCAACACAGAGAGCAGCUACUAUUGUACAUGCUUUGAUGGAUAUAUUAUUUCUUCUGAGGACGGAAACCGAUGCGAACUUCACUGCUCUCAGAGAGAGUGCCCUGCGGUGUGUGAUGUAAACAAUGACUUUCACUGUGACUGUCCAGACAACUACAUUCUCGAGGAGAGGCGGACAGGAAGGUAUUGCGUCGACAUUGAUGAGUGCCUAAGUUCUUACGUGUGUGAUCAGCUCUGCGAGAACACAUUCGGUGGUUAUGUGUGUUCCUGUGAGGAAGGAUUCGAGCUUGUCGAUGAUCACGAGUGUAUAGACAAUUCGAGUUUCACAACCCCUUACGACCUCUUUACGCCUACUGUCGGACCCACGACCCCCUCUGGCGUGUCAGCUGGUGGUCUUCUAGGAAUAUUGAUAAUGAUAGUGUUGACCAUUCUAUUAAUUGUACUUGUAGUUCGGCACAUAUGUAAGGGUCAUAGCAAAAAGCGUGACCUAAAAAUCCAGCAAAAGAGCGGCGAGGAUUUCAGCGAUUUAGAGCAAGUAACGCUGGACAAAAACAUGAAGAAAUCGUCGGUUCCUGACAGGCAUUUAAAAGAAGUCGUCUAA